UGUCUUAAUAACCAACAACCACUAACUGGUCUGUCAAAUUGAAAGACUUUUGGUUCAAUCACUUGUCUAGCUUAAAAACAUUGGCACCUUUGAGAAGGUGAAGGAGGAGAAGUUGCUCGGAGAAGUACUCCACAAUUAGUGCACGCUUGACAUGCAUCACUCUUCGCUGCGGCGUGCGUGCGUUUAAUGGAAUAACCGACUUUGACCACUAUCAGUUCAUCCUUUCAGAAAUCAAACUUCUUUCUCAGCCUAAAAUUGACCACCAACGAUGCCAAUUUUGAUGGCUUAAUUUUCUAUUGGCAGUCAUGUUGAUCGCUUGCUUUACUGCAGCAUGUCUUUUAAAUCCACAAAGACAUUCACUGACUGCAUGGUUUUGAGAAUAAGAGAAUAGAAUAUGGCGAUCAACCAUGGGCUUUUAGCUUCCAUUCUUGUCUUCCUCUCUUCAAUCACAAUAUGCUUCAUUGAUGCAGCAAAUCCACCAUGUCCCAUUGAUUUUUCUUAUGUACAAAGUUUCCCAUGGGACACUUCACUUUGCCAUGAUCCUAUUGAUAAAAAUUGCUGCCAAACACUUCUUAGUCUUUUUGCCAUGGGAUUAGCCAAACACCUCAGAGAAACAUCCAUGUUCUAUCUCCCAAAUGCAGAUUCUUCCUCUUCUUGCAUCUCCAACUUCCAAAGCAAGCUUAUGAACAUGUCCAUUCCUCAAAUUUCAGUCCCAAUGUGCUUGAACGACACAAAUGAACUUGUUCUCAAGCCAUCAAGUUGUGCAGGAAUUGCAACAUUAAGAGACUGGGUACAAAAGGUUGGUCCAUCAAGUCUGCUUGAUUCAUCUUGCAAAGGUGAUUUUCAUGGAGUUACUCAGUGUGGUUCAUGCCUUGACGCUGGAAUGAUGGUAACUGCUAAGUUGGUAGCUUUAGAUCCCAACUCCACAAAAUGCUUCUACUUUAGUGUUUUUUAUGCUGCCGGUGUUGUCAAUGAUUUGGACAAUAAUAAUACUUUGGCAGCAGCUUGCAUACUAGGCCUACCAUUGGCUAUUUCAAAAAUUGGCAAGACAUCAAACGGCUUGAGCAGCAAAAAAAUCCUUAAGUUGGCUUUCGGAUUAUCAGGUUCUCUUUUAGGAAUCGCGGUCGUGACAGCAUCUCUCGUGCUUUGCAGGAAGUGGGAUAAGAGAAGAAAACAAAAUGCAGUGCAUGAAAAAUAUGUUAGCGGCAUGAUAUCCCAAAUUCUACCAGGCAUUGGUGCUAAAUGGUUUCAGGUAUCUGAGCUAGAAAAUGCCACUGAUGGGUUCUCACAAAGGAAUAUGAUAGGUCAAGGCGCAUCUGCAAUUGUCCAUAAAGGAGUUAUUUCUGACGGAACUAUUGUUGCUGUCAAGCAAAUUCUUGAUUUAGACACAGAAGGGGAUGAGGACUUCAGUAAUGAGGCAGAAAUUAUAAGCAAAAUUAGACACAGGAAUCUUCUAGCUCUCAGAGGCUUUUGUGUUACAAGUGAUAUGCUCAAUGGCAAAAGAAGAUACCUUAUUUAUGACUUCAUGCCAAAUGGUAGCCUUGAUGAUCAUCUAUUCAAUCCUCAGAGGAAGCCUUUGACUUGGCCUCAGCGUAAGAGCAUAAUACUUGAUGUGGCAAAAGGGCUUGCUUAUUUGCACUACGGAAUCAAACCAGCGAUUUAUCACAGGGAUAUAAAGGCCACCAACAUACUUUUGGACUCAGAUAUGAAAGCAAGAGUGGCUGAUUUUGGACUGGCCAAGCAAAGCAGAGAAGGGGAAUCUCAUCUCACAACAAGGGUUGCAGGAACCUUUGGAUACCUUGCACCAGAGUAUGCCCUUUAUGGGCAAUUGACAGAGAAGAGUGAUGUUUAUAGCUUUGGAAUUGUGAUUCUUGAAACCAUGAGUGGAAGAAAGGUGCUUGAUGCAUCAAAUUCAUCCGCACUUUUGAUCACAGAUUGGGCCUGGGGGCUUAUCAAAUCAGGAAAUGUGCAAGAUACUUUUCAUGAAUCAAUUAAAGAGGAAGGACCAAAGGGAGUUAUGGAGAGGUUUGUAUUCGUAGGUAUUCUUUGUGCUCAUGUAAUGGUAGCUCUUAGACCCACCAUUGCAGAUGCUCUAAAGAUGCUUGAAGGCGACAUUGACAUCCCAAGAUUACCAGACAGACCUGCACCUCUAAGCCAUCCACCAUUUCCUUCAUCCUCGAUUAGUUCAACCACAAGUGAGGCAAUCAGACACAGUAGUAUCAGCAUAAACAGUUUAUAGUAUUGCAUCUAUAUAGAAACUUUUCUUUUGUUACCUUUAGGUUUUUCAUUUCCUUUUAGAUUAAUCUUCCAUACACUGACAGUAUAUACAUUUUCACCAUUAGAUGCAUAACACAUAAUUCGAAUUUGAACG